AUGGCAAACGCACAAAACGCGACACAAGGCAAAUACGCAAACAGAAAAUGCCUCCCCUCUACGACGCCAUGGACCUCGCAAAAUGCGCUCCGUGACGACGCGCUCCCAGCUCUGCAGGCCCUCGAAGACCGACCACAUCUACGCGAGCGCGACGUCCGUCGCUUCGAAGACGACGACCCGCCCCCCUACGAAUCAUCCACAGAAUGUGAUGAGGAAGACCUGCUUUCGCGGGUUAUGCCACCUACUCAAGACGGGCUAUCUCAAGAGGACCGCGCCAUGUUUGAUGCGCCGCUCACGGAGGCCGAACGCCAACCGGUCGCAAGCUCUAUGCACUACCCAUAUCUUGCCGAAACACGAUAUGCGCUAGAGGAAUCCGUCCAGCGGGAACGGGUCAACUCAUGGGCCAGAUGUCAUUCCAACCCAGAGGUGCGCCGCCUGUUGUGUCCCAUUGGGUCCGGCGAAAAGAUAUCACUGGCGGAACGACGGUGUGCCGUCAUUUCUCGGCAUAUUAUCAAGCGGCGCUGGCAAAAGCUUGGCGUCUGGAAUCCAAAAUGGGGCAUUCUCGAGCAGUUCACUGACGGCAGCAGUUCGCCGUAUCGGAAAGACCGCAUCGGCGGUUGGGCAUGGCAGCACGACGACACACCCGGUGCGCUGUGGGACAAGAAAGACUUUGACCCUUUGCGACGAGCUGUUGAGCUGCGUCAAGGCCUCCGUUUCGGCGAACACGCGCCAGUACAACCCCGCUCCCAUUUGACGGCGUCUGCCUCGAAAUCGCAAGCGGAGGCCUUCAUUACCUCGCGACCCUGGUUUCAAUUGUCGGUGGAGAUGGUAGAGCGUAGCAAGAGGCUGCUUCGCAUUGACGACUGGGGAAGGCAGCGUCGUGAUAAUAGUAACAUCAUCCAGAAUUGGAAGGACCGUGGUGACUGGCAAGACAAGUGGAAUGCCACGGCGCUCGGACGGCACGUGGUUGGCUGGAAGUGGCGCCACGAAAGCCCAAGCCCGGAGCCGGACGACCUUUCGGGGGUUCAAACUAUGGCCGGCCUGGAACUGACUCCCUCUGAGACCGAUGCUUUUGAAAAGAUCCCCAAUGCGCCCCCGACGCCACCACCACGAUCGCCGUCACCGAUUGAUCUUACGGAGGUGCCGACAAACCCCUUCACGAGAAUGAUGCAGAACAUGAGGCGGGCCCAGCUCGCGGCAGAAGCAGCGGUGGCCGCAGGCGAGGCCGCAGACGAUGGCAACGGUGACGGCGACGUCGCAAAUUUACCCCAGCCGGACGACGAACAUCCAGGCGGUGAUCAGCCGCCACAUCCAUCACUGCCGCAGCCGGCGCCCACGCGGGCCUCUCGGCGGAAAAAGGCAAUGCCACCACCUGAAGAACCGCCACGUCCACUCCGGCGCAGUGCUCGCAUUGCCGCCUUGGCCGCGCGACAGCCACCAGCACCAGUGAAACCGCAGCCAACUCGGCAGACGCGCGGUGGAAAAGGACAACAAUCGGCAAAGCAAGCUGCCACGGCAGACAAGAACCGGUCGAAACAAAGAAAAGGAAUUGCGGGCAUCAGAAAGCGGAAACCCGCGCCGAAGCGUCGGUGUUGA